AUGUCAAAUAAAGCUACAAAAAAAAAGUAUGAUGAACAUGAAAUUGGUGCUGUCGAUAAAAGCGGUGAUUUAUAUGCAGAUGCUCCUAAUCCUGUCAAUCCGAAUCCUCAAAGUAAUACUGAUUAUCCAAUUCCUAAACCAACUACAACAAAAAUAAAGGAUAUGCCUCUUCCAUCUAAUGAUACACCUGCUAAAGCACCAUCUAUUAAUCGUCCACCAAGAAAUCCUGGACCUGCACUCGGACCCUAUUAUCAUUUUAUAAAAACUGAUUUAAAUCAAAUGUUAUGGCUUGGAAGUGCAUUAAUAUUUCGUGAAAUAUCAUUUGAACGUCCAAAAAUCGAAUUUUUUUCUCAACCAAAAUUAGAACAUACUUGGGAAAUAUUAUAUGAUAAUUUAUUUAAUAUGCGAAUAUAUCGAAUUAAUAUAUCUAUUGAAUUACGUAAUGGUGAAGGUGAUGAUGAAAUUGGUUGGAAAAUAGAUUGGGGUGAUUAUAAAACAGUUGGUUUAUUUCAUAUUGCUCGUUAUAAUCAAAAAUGGCGUGGAGGUUUUUUUUCAUGUAAUGGUUUCGAUGCUACUGUAUCUGAACAAGCAAAAUCAGAACUUACAUUUGAUAAUGUAUGGGAACAUCUUAAUUCAGUUCAUGCUGAAAUUCCAUUUCAUCUUUUAAUAUGGGGUGGAGAUCAAACUUAUAUAGAUUAUAUAUUUGAAGAUGUACCAUUUUUAAAAGAUUGGGUCGAUAUGGAAUGGAAUAAAAAAUGGACAUGUGAUUUUCGUGAUGAUUUAAAAGAACAAAUAGAACAAUAUCAUUUUAAUACUUAUGUUGAAAAUUGGGAACGUCCAGAAGUGAAAAAUGCAUUAGCAUCAAUACCAAGUAUAAUGAUGUGGGAUGAUCAUGAUAUAUUUGAUGGUGCAGGAUCAUAUCCACCAUUACUUCAUGAUAGUCCAAUGAUGUCAGGUUUAUUUCAAACUGCACAAAAAAUGAGAUUAUUAUUUCAACAUCAUACAACAAUAGAAAAAGCACGUGAUCAUGGUUUAUUUGGAUAUCAAGGUUAUAAUUUUCUUACACAUUGCGGACCCAACUUGGCUAUACUUGGUGCUGAUGCACGUACAGAACGUAAUGUAGAAACAGUUCAACAUCCUCGAACAUGGGAUAUGAUUUUUAAAAGAUUAGAACAAGAUAUUAGAAAUAUUCCACAUUUAAUUGUUGUAUUUCCUGUACCAUUUUCAUAUCUUCGUUUUAAAUUAGCUGAAAGUUGUUUUGAACAUUUAAAAAAUCGAUCAAAUAGAUGUCGACAACUUCCACUUGUUAAACAAACGAAUUCAAUAUUUGGUUUACCUGAACUCUAUGAUGAUCUUCUUGAUGAAUGGACACAUGAAGCACAUAUUGAUGAACGUAAUAAUGCAUUGAAACGUUUUCAAGACUUUGCACAAAAGAGAAAAGUACGAAUAACAUUUUUUAGUGGUGACGUACAUUGUUGUGGUAUUAGUCGUUUUAAAAAUCAUACAAAAAAUGAUAUGGCUCCUAUAUAUGAUAGUAAAUUAAUGUAUCAAAUUAUUUCAUCUGCUAUUGUAAAUCUUCCUCCACCUAAAGCAGCUAUAUAUGUUGCUCAUCUUAUGAAAACAAAAUGGUACCCAAUUCAAAAUACAGAAGAAGAAUUAAUUGAUUUUUUUCUACGUGAACCUGAAACUGGUAGAAAAUUAAGACAUAGAAAAAUUCUUCCCAAUCGGAAUUGGUGUUAUUUUGAACAAUGUGAUGAAAUAGAUCCAUCUAUUCAUACAGUUGUUAAACAUGAUGGAUGUUUUCGUCGUUGUUUUACAUCGAAAAAUAAAACUUCUCCGGUUAUUGAAUUAGGACCAACAUCUAAACGUGACGGUCGUGGAGGUUCUCAAGCACCAAUACAUCAACAUAAUCACGGAUUUGCAUGCUCAGAUAUUGAACAAGUUGAACAAACACAAGUAGGAACACAAACAUUAAAAAUUCGUUUAUGGUUAGAAAGUGGAAAAAAACAUCAUGAAGGAAGACAAUUUGUAAGUUAUGAUCUAUUAAUUCCAAAUUUAAUAUAA